AUGGCCCAACAAGUCAUGGUGACUGUGCCACUUGGGGAAGAGGGCCUGCUCACUCCAGUGCCCAAUGAAAGUGUCCAUACAGUCGAUCCUCUCCUUAAAAGCCUCCAGGUGCACUUUCCCCUGGUAUGGGCUGAGACCAAUCCACCUGGGCUGGAGAUUCAUCAAGCUCCGAUAAUAGUGGAACUUAAGGCGUCCGUGCUUCCAGUAAGACUGAAACAAUAUCCUAUGUCCCGGGAGGCUAGGCGGGGCAUCGCCUUUCACAUCAAGCGUUUGCGCGACUCGGUCAUUUUGAUCCCAUGCAAGUCUCCAUGGAACACUCCACUUCUCCCUGUCCAGAAGCCUAACUCAUCCAAUUUCUCGCCAGUUCAGGACCUGAGAGCAGUAAACGUCAGGGUAACUCUGUUGCAGUAUGUUGAUGGUAUCUUGCUGGCGGCCCCCUCUCAUUCAGAAUGUCUGAGAGCCACCAAAGGACUCUUAAAUAUCUUCUACAAAAACUGGGCACUCUGGCGAUGCAUGGUGCAUCAGCUCCACCAAGGGACUCAUCUGGGAAAAACAAAGAUGGCGGAAUUGGUGCAGAAAAAGUUCAGGGCACAAGGGCUAGGAAAAGAGAUAGAGGAGAUAGUUGAAAGACGUGUAAGCUGUGCCCAAUUCCUCCUCCCCCUCUCCAACUUCCUCCCCCGCCUAUGCGUCAGCCCCACCCUCCACUCCAGCCCCACCCAACCUAACUUCCCAGACCCCACCUCGGACCCCCGCCUCCGUCUCCGGCGAUCAGACGACCCGAACGGCCCUCCCACUUGGCAAUCUUCCCUGUUUCCUCUCCGGACUGUCAACCGGACUAUCCAGUAUUGGCCAUUUUCUGCAUCUGAUCUUUACAAUUGGAAAACUCAUAACCCUUCCUUUUCCCAAGAACCCCAAGCCCUAACCUCACUGAUAGAAUCUAUCCUCCUCACACACCAGCCCACCUGGGACGACUGCCAGCAGCUCUUACAGGUCCUUUUGACUACCGAGGAAAGGCAACGAGUUCUCCUGGAGGCCCGGAAAAAUGUGCCGGGGCCUGGAGGCUUUCCAACCCAGCUCCCCAACGAAAUAGAUGAGGGGUUUCCCCUCACCCACCCGGACUGGGACUAUGAAACGGCUCCAGGUAGGGAGAGUCUCCGAAUCUAUCGCCAGGCUCUGUUGGCGGGUCUCAAGGGGGCAGGGAAACGGCCCACCAAUUUGGCCAAGGUAAGGACCAUAAUCCAGGGAAAAGAGGAGAGCCCCGCAGCCUUUAUGGAACGGCUUCUAGAGGGGUUUCGGAUGUAUACUCCAUUUAACCCCGAAGCUCCAGAACAUAAGGCUACGGUGGCCAUGUCGUUCAUAGAUCAGGCAGUGUCUGAUAUAAAAGGAAAGCUCCAAAGGUUGGAUGGGAUCCAAACCUAUGGGUUACAAGAACUAGUUAGGGAGGCAGAAAAGGUAUAUAACAAAAGGGAGACCCCAGAGGAGAAAGAGGCUAGGCUAGCAAAAAAGCAGGAAGAGCGGGAGGAACGGAGGGAUUGAAAGAGAGAUAAACAUUUAACCAAAAUCCUGGCCGCUGUAGUGACAGAAAACAGAACAGGAAAGUCAGGGGAAACGAAGAGGCGGCCCAAAGUAGGAAAAGACCAGUGUGCCUAUUGCAAAGAACGCGGGCACUGGAUCAAAGACUGCCCUAAGCGCCCCAGGGACUCAAAGAAAUCUACCCCUGUGCUCACCUUGGGCGAAGAGAGCGAAUAGGGAUGUCAGGGCUCCGGAGCCCCCCCCGAGCCCCGGCUAACUCUAUCUGUAGGGGGGCAUCCCACCACCUUCCUGGUGGACACAGGAGCUCAACACUCGGUCUUAACCAAGGCAAACGGGCCUCUGUCCUCUCGUACUUCUUGGGUUCAAGGAGCGACAGAAAGAAAAAUUCACAAAUGGACUAACCACCGUACAGUUGACUUAGGGCAAGGGACAGUGACACACUCUUUUCUGGUAGUACCCGAAUGCCCAUACCCCCUUUUAGGACGAGACCUCCUAACCAAGCUUGGAGUUCAGAUCCACUUCUCCAAAGCGGGGGCCCAAGUGCUAAACCGGGAUGGCCAGCCUAUCCAAGUCUUAACAGUGUCCUUACAAGACGAACACAGACUUUUUGAAACUCCGGUCACCACUAACCUCCUCGAAGCCUGGGCAGAAACGGGAGGGCUUGGUCGAGCCAAAUGCCAGGCCCCAAUCAUAAUUGACCUAAAGCCCACGGCAAUGCCUGUAUCUAUCAGGCAGUAUCCCAUGAGCAAGGAGGCUCAUAUGGGCAUUCAGCCACACAUUACCAGAUUUCUAGAGCUUGGGGUCCUGCGACCUUGCCGCUCACCUUGGAAUACCCCUCUCUUACCAGUGAAAAAACCUGGUACUCGAGACUACAGGCCUGUCCAAGACUUAAGGGAGGUCAACAAAAGGACUAUGGAUAUCCAUCCUACGGUCCCCAAUCCCUAUAACUUGCUCAGCACCCUGAGCCCAGACCGUACCUGGUACACAGUACUGGACCUAAAAGAUGCAUUCUUUUGUUUACCCUUGGCCCCCCAGAGCCAAGAACUGUUUGCUUUCGAAUGGAGGGACCCUAAAAGAGGAAUCUCAGGCCAAUUAACCUGGACCCGCUUACCCCAAGGGUUCAAAAACUCCCCCACUCUCUUUGAUGAGGCUCUUCACAGGGACCUAACUGACUUCCGGACUCAACAUCCAGAAGUAACACUACUCCAAUAUGUGGAUGACCUUCUUCUGGCCGCCCCCACAAAAGAAGCCUGCAUACUAGGUACCAGACAUCUGCUCCGGGAAUUAGGAGAAGGAUACCGGGCAUCCGCCAAGAAGGCCCAGAUUUGCCAAACCAAGGUAACCUACCUGGGGUACAUACUGAGUGAGGGGAAAAGAUGGCUCACCCCUGGGCGAAUAGAAACUGUGGCUCGCAUUCCGCCGCCCCAGAACCCCAGAGAGGUACGUGAAUUCCUGGGAACUGCUGGGUUCUGUCGCUUAUGGAUACCUGGGUUCGCUGAGCUAGCCGCCCCCCUCUAUGCCCUCACGAAAGAGAGUGCACCCUUCACCUGGCAGGAAAAACAUCAGUCAGCCUUUAAGGCCCUAAAAGAGGCCCUCCUCUCCGCCCCGGCUCUCGGGUUGCCAGACACCUCCAAGCCCUUUACCCUCUUCAUAGACGAGAAACAAGGAAUUGCCAAAGGAGUUCUAACCCAAAAAUUAGGGCCCUGGAAGAGGCCAGUAGCAUACCUGUCCAAAAAGUUGGACCCUGUGGCAGCGGGGUGGCCCCCAUGUCUUCGUAUCAUGGCAGCCACUGCUAUGCUGGUCAAGGACUCUGCCAAAUUAACCCUUGGACAGCCACUAACUGUUAUCACCCCGCAUGCUUUAGAGGCCGUAGUGCGGCAGCCACCGGACCGAUGGAUAACCAACGCACGCCUAACUCACUACCAGGCCCUCCUACUGGACACAGACCGCAUCCAAUUUGGACCUCCGGUUACCUUGAACCCUGCCACGUUGCUACCGGCACCGGAAGACCAACAGAGCGCACACGAUUGCCGGCAAGUACUGGCUGAGACCCAUGGGACACGGGAAGACCUUAAAGAUCAAGAGCUCCCAGAUGCGGAUCACUCUUGGUAUACGGACGGGAGCAGUUACAUCGACUCAGGUACCCGGAGGGCGGGAGCAGCGGUAGUAGAUGGCCACCACAUCAUAUGGGCACAAUCACUACCUCCUGGCACGUCUGCACAAAAGGCUGAGCUGAUAGCGCUCACCAAGGCCCUAGAGCUAUCCGAAGGGAAAAAGGCUAACAUAUACACAGAUAGCCGAUAUGCCUUUGCAACGGCUCAUACACAUGGGAGUAUUUAUGAAAGAAGGGGCCUACUAACCUCAGAAGGAAAAGAAAUUAAAAACAAAGCUGAAAUCAUUGCAUUAUUAAAGGCCCUUUUUCUUCCUCGAAGAGUAGCCAUAAUUCAUUGCCCCGGGCAUCAGAAAGGACAAGGCCCAAUUGCAACAGGAAAUAGACAGGCAGACCAAGUAGCCAGGCAAGUCGCUGUGGCAGAAACGUUGACCUUGACCACAAAACUUGAAGAAACCGAUCUUACGACCAACAAAUAUGCUUACACCCCAGAUGACCAGGAAGAGGCAAAGGCCAUAGGGGCUGUACUGAAUCAGGACACUAAAGACUGGGAAAAAGAAGGAAAGAUAGUCCUUCCCCGAAAGGAAGCCCUGGCAAUGAUCCAACAAAUGCACGCCUGGACACAUUUAAGUAAUCAGAAGCUGAAGUCACUGAUUGAAAAAACUGACUUCUUAAUCCCUAAGGCAGGCACCCUCAUAGAACAGGUGACCUCCGCCUGUAAGGUCUGUCAACAGGUAAACGCUGGGGCUACCCGAGUGCCAGAAGGAAAACGGACUCGUGGUAACCGCCCAGGAGUCUAUUGGGAAAUAGACUUUACUGAAGUAAAGCCUCACUAUGCGGGGUAUAAGUACUUAUUAGUGUUUGUAGACACCUUUUCAGGAUGGGUAGAAGCCUACCCCACCCGACAAGAAACGGCACACGUGGUAGCCAAGAAUUUUAGAAGAAAUCUUCCCCAGAUUUGG